AUGGACGACGUUUAUACGACGGCAAAAUGGGCAAACCGAAUGCUGCGGCCCUUGACUUCGCUCCACCACCGACUCGCCAAAUAUCGUGAAAUGCAAUCCGUUGGUGCACAACAACCUGAAACGAUCAAGACUGUAUCUACCGUAUCGAUUUCGGAAUCUUCGAGGAAGAGGCAUGCUGCGGCUGAUUCGGAGCAUGACUCGGAGUGUGGAGAUAAUGAUCCAUCCUGGAUCCCGCGAAAACCUGAUGCGAAGCGCGUCAGGCGAAAGUACGUGGUCAGGGGGGAACGACACCGUCGCCAACCUCGAUUCAGGCCAGUUUUACAUAGUCCGGAGACAGUUAAGACUUUGCCUGGGGCGAUCGAGAUUGCUACGCCCUUGAUUAUGGGUAAAUCGACGGACGUGACCAACGACAAGGGUUCUAAGGAGACGGGAUUAGGUGACCACCGAAAUGAAGAGAGCUCGAGAAACAAUACGCAGCAGAAAAAGUGGCCAGAAAGGACAGGGAAGAGGCAGAAUCAGGCCCGAUUCCCGAAACCAGAUCCGCAGUGGAGGGUAUCGUUGGAUUCGGCAAAGGAUAUAAAUUAUGCUGAUAUUGUGCAACGUUUGGAUAUUGUGUUUCUGAAGUUCUUGGAGAAGACGCGUUUAGCAGACUCGCGGUCUCCGCGCUCGACCAAUAAUUCUCGAUCAUUGUUACUGACAGUUAUGCGCCGGUUGCCCCAGUUUAUUGCCGAGGAACAAAAAUUGCAGGACGAAUGUGACGCGGACGAUGACAUUGAUAUGGCGGAUGCAUAUUUUACAGAACUAGAGUCGGCAUAUGGUUCUAGUGGGAAGGGAUGGCAGCCUCUUCGCGAAGCUGUGCGGUCGCAAGGGAUAUCAUUGGUCUGCAACAUGCUGCAAGAAAAUUGGAUCACGCACUUGACGGCAUCUAUCUUAAUCAAGAAAUGUAUUGGCGCUGAAGAAAAUGAUGCAGUUGAGAGGUUACUUGGUGCUCUACUGUUGAAGUUGGAUUGCUGUGAUUUCCCCGAUGCUUUCGACCCUUGGAGAGUGCACCAGUCUGUUCGCGAUCCUGUUCGAUUAUUACACAGGUACUGGUCCAUGUCUGGAAAUAGCUCUUUUGUCUUUGCCGAAAUAGAGCGGUUGCUGCGGCGAAAAGUUCUACCCAGUGAAUGGAUGGUUACAACGCCGUGGAAAGCCUUCGUUGCUUCUGCGACAAAGUCAUUAUCGAAUGGGGAUAGCGAAUAUGCCGCAGCAACAAGAUUGAUUACGGCAAUCUUGGAGACUGCAGCCGGUAUAAAUGCCUAUGAGACGCAUUCUCUCGGCACUAACCAGCACGCAAAGACGGCAAAACGGCUCCACGCACAAAGUACCUCUAUCCUACAAACACAAUUCGCGGAUUCAAAUCGAAAUCGAUGUCCUGUUUAUAUCCAUGACGCUCUUAGCAACCUGAUAUCCAGUCUGGUUGUUGCGUUAUGCAGUAUGUAUUGUGUACGUGUGGAGCAAUCUACAAAUCUCGAUCUCGACUCGAGCACACGGAUUGUGAGCAUCUUUAGCAACAUUAUCCUUGCGCUUCAGCGUGAGUUGGCCGUCGGGCAUGGAAGUUUAAAUUCUAAAGACGACCAAACAAAGGUUCAUUUACUCCGAAAAGGUUACUUACUACUUGGCCAUUACCUGUUGAGAUGUCAGCAGGAAGAUACACAAAUUUUGGAUUGCGAAAAGGUUGGAAUCGUGGACGUUUCCUUGAGCAAGGACUGCGAACCCUUUUUUGAGGUUCUACAACAAAAUUCAGAUAUCAUCAAAGAGCUCUCGGGGAUGGUUGGCCAAGUCGUGAGGUGUUGCGAACGUGGCGGCGAACAGGCACAGUGCCGACGAGCACGCAGGCUAUGUACUCACCUGCUGACAUUUGAGCAAUUUGAGAUGAAUAACCUUACCUUAUUUCUGGGCCAGGUCGCUGUUGAAGUCGCCUUGGAUUUUGCCCAAUACAGCCAAGACGCAGAAGACCAUACUUUCGCUGCCGACAUUCAGGAAACUGUCUCGGCCCGCAGAAUGCGUUUCAAGGGCGGUAGGUGCAGAGCACUGGGACCGGAAUAUUACAACACUCCGUUCUUUAGAUGGGAGGAAGGCAUUGGCGAGUGGAUUGCUAAAACUCCAUUGGUGAGAGCCAAAAUUGCUUUGCCUAAGCCAAUGGUAGAGAUUACAACAUUAUCAUCAACAACAAUGACUAGGUCGCUUUCUAGCGUCAGUGAAGAAGAAUCACGCUCACCGUCGUCCAUCGGGAAUGGCUCUAGCAUGACUUCGGUGGCAGGUUCUCCGAGCUCAGUCUGCCCGAAAAAAAAGAACAUGGACAUUGAGCCUCCGCACCAAAGAAUAAAGCGGCCUCGAAAAUCUUACGAUAAAACUAGACAAUCUACGCGCAUAGCGACCAGACAGAGCAAUAUGUUAGUAUUAAUUCAUGCUGAGGAACGCAAUCGUAUUCCCUGCAAUGCCAAGAGCGAUUAUGAAUCUGAAUACAACGCUCUCGAAAGAGCCCCGGAGGAUGGGGACUUUGAGACCGAAAGAGGGGAGAUAUCCGAUGAUGAAGAAAACGCUAAAGUUAUGAAGUUACAGAGCAGUGUUGCACGGCAACAUCAGCAGCAGCGGCAGCACAAGAGGAUGAAUUUCGAGGUUAUCAUCCACAAUUGUGCAGGGACCCCUAGACAGACACCAGCACAUGGCCGACGUGGACGUGGCCGGCCUCGAAAGCAAGUGGCUCAGCAAGCAGCACAAGCUCGUUCACAGUCAAUUGUUGCUCCACGGCAAAAGCCGUCACAGCAGCGUUCCAUAAUUCCCUGCUCCGAGGACGAAGAUAGUGAUGACGAAUUGAGCUUUCUGUAA